AUGCGGCGGGUGGCGGUUGUGGGUGCGGGGAUCUCCGGCCUAGCGGCGGCCUAUGAGCUCGCGAAGGCCGGCGUUGAGGUGGCGAUUUAUGAGAAAAAGGAGUGUCUGGGAGAUCAUGCCCGCGUAGUUAAUGUUGAUGGCGUCGAUAUUCAUCUCGGAUUCACUGAUUUUAAUCCGAUUUUAUUUCAAAACAUGACAAAAUUGUUCGAGGAACUUGAUGUGAAGAUGGAAGCAACUGAUAUGUCAUUCUCAAUAAGCUUACAAGAUGGGAAUUAUGAGUGGGGCAAUCGAAAUGGCUUUAGAAGUUUGUUUGCAAAAAAAACCAACAUGGUGAACCCUUUUGUUUGGUAUAUGUUUAAAGAAAUCUUCAUCUUUAAGAAUGAUGCCAUUAGGUACCUCAAUGAGCGCAAAGAAAACCCUAAGUUGGACCGCAGUGAAACAUUGGCUUUCUACUUAAAGUCACAAGGAUACUCUCAGCUAUUUCAAAAUGAAUUUCUUAUUCCUACAUGUGCAUCUAUAUGGUCAUGUUCUUCAGAAGAAGUACAGAACUUCUCUGCUUAUACUGUGCUAUCUUUUUGCCUCAAUAAUCACUUUCUAGAGGUUAGUAUUUACAUAUUAUUUCAAGAUGUUGUUAAUUUACUUAUAGAAAGAUUUACAUACAUUCGACUAAAUUCCUAUACUUUUACGGGACAUUUACAGAAAGAUGUAUCUUGGUGUAUGCUUUUCGCUGACGAUAUCAUUCUUCUCGAUGCCCGACCACAAGGACUCACUGCUAGGUGCCUCUCACAAAACUAUAUAAAUAAGAUAAGAGAAGAGUUGAAGGGUAGAGGUUGUCAUAUAAAGUUGGGAUGUGUUGUACAAACAGUAUCAAAUACUGAAAAGGGCUGCUCUGUCAUAACAAGAAGUGGUUUAGAGGAACUCUAUGAUGAAUGCAUAAUCACCGUCCAUGCACCAGAUGCAUUAAAAAUACUUGGAAAGCAGGCAACCUACGAGGAAUCAAGAAUACUUGGUGCCUUUCGGUAUAUUUACAGUGAUGUAUAUCUUCACUGUGAUGAAAGUCUGAUGCCCCAAAACCCAACAUCAUGGAGUGCUAGGAAUUUUCUUGAGAAAAAUAAUACAAGUUAUCUUACAUAUUGGCUAAAUGUGCUUCAGAAUCUGGGAUCAGUUGAUCGAACAUUGCUUGUAACUCUAAACCCCCCUUCUGUUCCAAAGAACAAGAUACUGGAGUGGACAACUAGCUAUCCUGUACCCUCGUUAGCUGCGUCAAAAGCCUCUCUCGACCUAGAAAAAAUCCAGGGAAAAAGAAGAAUCUUUUUUUGUGGGUCUUAUCAAGGUUAGUCACACUCACGCAAGGAUGAACAAGUAAAACUUGGAACUCCAAAACUAUUAUUGAUAUCUUUUACGGAAAUAUAUUAAAAGACUGAUUUUAGUACAAUCAUGCUAAUGUUAUGUUUCUGAAAAAUUUUAUGUGUAGAAUUAGAUUUAUUUCUUAAUAUAAUUUUAU